CUGAUUGACGGAUCUCCUUUGAGCGAGGUCAGGUUUAAAAUGGUACAAGAAGCGCUCGGAUUCCUCAACACCUUCUUAGAAGGUAAGAAGUUCGCGGUUGGCUCCAACAUGACCUUGGCUGACCUGAACCUGGCCGUCACCAUAGAGAUAAUGCGGAUCUCCAACUUUAGCUUCCAGCAGUACCCUAAUGUAGUCAGGUGGUUCGACCUCGUGAAUCGCACAGCGCCGAAGUUCAAAGAGAUUACGCAGCGAUACGGCAAAGAUCAUAACGACAUUGUAGACUUUUUCAAAGAGGCUACCGCUUUUGAACGUGCAGAGAAGGAACUGCUACAAAAAGGGAAAAAGAAAUAAUGACGAACAAGUCAAAUACUGCAGCCUUAUCAAGUAGAUAAUAAUGUUUGUGACAGUGACCUAUGUGAAAAUAAUAGA